GAUAACUAUCACGCUACCUUAUGCACUCACCGACUGACCGGGUUGUUGGUACAGUACAUAUGAUGAAGAAAAGAUAGACUAGGUGCAUACAGAUUACCAAAUCUCCUCCUGAUGGACACCCUGAGUACCCCCCAUGUUAACCGAAGUGGCUUGCAUUACAGAAAGCUCGAUUGGAAUAUGCCCCUUCUUCGUUUUAAGGGGUCUCAUGAGGGCAAAGGUGAUCCUCAUUUCCCCCCUGUCCGUGAAGCUCGUUGUUCUUAUCCCGUCCCAAUCUCUCUUCCUGUCCUGCUACCGUUACUUUGGGUCCUGUAUAACACUCCAAUCGAUCUGCAAACCCCAAAUUCCUCAGCCUUCGACAUCGCACUUUUGAAUAACCAUGGCUGAAGUUAACGGCACCAAGCCCACUCCUGUCGUUGCCGAGGUGAAAGCCCCCGAGGUCACUGUCACGGAGACCAAUGGCUUCGUGAAGAAUCCAGCCGUUGAUAUCUCGGUUGCUCUGGCGGCCAACAACCUGAAGAGAGUCUCGGGACUUGUCAAUGGCAUCUCAUCCCUCGGUACCGCCGCCUCCAAUGGCGAUGAGCAAGCCCGUCUUGACCUCGUCGAGAAGGCUCGGUCUCUUGUCCAGGCCCUAGAGACGCCCCGUGAGACCAUGAUCAAGCACUGCUGGGCACAGCCCUCAGCCUUCACCGCCUUGACUGUUGGUAUCGACACCGGACUCUUCACUGCCCUCGCCGAGGACAACGGAAGCGCAAAGAAUGCCAACGAUCUGGCAAAGAAGCUCGGGGUCGACCCGCCUCUGCUGUGCCGGCUCAUGCGCCAUCUGGGUGCCAUGGGAUAUAUCGAGGAAGCCGGAGCAGACACAUACAAGCCAACGAACUUCUCAAGCUCGUUGAGCAUCCCCAUCAUCGGCGAUGGGUACCCAUGCAUCUCCGGAGCCCUCGCCGCGGCCUUGUACAAAUUCCCCGAAUACGCAAGCAAGAACGGCUACAAGACCCCCAACAGCAUCUCCGACGGCCCGAUGCAGUACGCCUACGACACCCAGCUCAACAUGUUUGAGUACCUGCAGGCGAACCCGCCCCGCGGCGUCCAGUUCAACCACCACAUGGGCGGCUACCGGCAGGGCAGGCCGGCGUGGAUGGACCAGGGCUUCUACCCGGUCCAGGAGCGCCUCGUUGAGGGUGCCGACACUGGUGCCGAUGCCGCGCUGAUCGUCGACAUCGGCGGCAGCCUGGGCCACGACCUGGACGAGUUCAGGAGGAAGCACCCUGACGCGCCUGGCCGGCUUGUCCUGCAGGACCUGCCUGUCAUCAUCGGGCAGAUCGUGGAGCUGGACUCGAGGAUCGAGCGUAUGCCUUAUGACUUCUACACGGAGCAGCCUGUGAAGGGUGCCCGCGCUUACUACAUGCACUCGGUCCUCCACGACUGGCCGGACGAGACGUGCGCCACGAUCCUCGCCAACGUCAAGGCGGCCAUGAAGCCCGGCUACAGCCGGCUGCUGAUCAACGAGAACGUCGUGCCGCCCGAGCGGGCCCAGUGGGAGGCCACGGCGCUGGACAUCAUGAUGCUGACGCUGCUCAGCUCCCGCGAGCGCACCGAGAGCGACUGGCGGAGUCUCCUCGAGGGGCUUGCCGGGUUGAAGAUCACCAGCAUUUACACGGCUGCUAAUGGGGUGGAGAGCAUUAUUGAGUGUGAGCUGGUUGAGUAGAUUGGGUGUGGCGUUCGGCCGGCCCGAGGACAGUAGAUAUCCAUACAAAUGAGCAAAGAAGACGUGGACCAAACUAUCUGGUCACUGAUGAAUACCA